CCCACCUUUUUCAAACGUCAAUGUAAACAUAACCUAAACUUCCUAAAACUACUCGAUUUUCAUUUAAAACUAAAAAAACUAAUCGACAUGAGUUCAUUUUCGAAGAAAAAAUGAAAAAAUUCCACUGGUUUAACGUUUCACCUAUUGGCAAAUCCCUAAAAAUAUUCGUAACCUUUGCACUAAUCUUGAUUAUCCUUUUUCUUACGUAUUUUACUUAUUUAAAACCUAAACCGUCCCCUACAAAAGUCCCUUUCGAACGCCACACUUUCGAUGAAUAUAAACACAUGGCUCAUCGCGAAACACCGUUUAAGGGGGCUAAAAUCGUACAUCUAGACUUGAAAGGGGCCCCUCCGAAAAUUUCGUACUACAAAACAUUGUUUUCGCUUUUAUCUAAAUUUGGUGCCACUGGUGUAUUGAUUGAAUAUGAAGACAUGUUUCCUUAUGGUUCUCCUAUCUUAAAAAAUGUAUCAGCACUGAAUGCUUACACAGUUGAAGAUAUUCAUUAUAUAAACAAGCUAGCAAAAGAAAAUAAAUUGGAAGUGAUUCCUUUGUUGCAAACUUUCGGACAUUUAGAAUUUUUGUUAAAACUGGAGGAGUUUAGUGAGUUGCGGGAAGUACCAGAGUAUCCUCAAGUGAUUUGUCCCACGCAUGAAAAAACCUUAAGUGUUUUAAUGGAAAUGAUUGAACAAGUAUUGGAAAUGCAUCCAAAUUCUAAAACUAUUCAUAUCGGCGCCGAUGAGGUGUACUAUCUGGGAUUUUGCGACAGGUGUGCCAACAUUAUGAAUAAAUUCAAUUUGUCGAAAAAUAUGUUGUUUUUGGAACAUAUCAAUGCAAUCACGACUCGAAUCCGAAAGAAAUAUCCACACAUAAAAAUUCUGAUGUGGGAUGAUGAAUUUCGGUCGUUCAGUGCCAAAGAACUGAAAACUGGAUUUUUGAACAAAUACAUUCAACCAGUAGUUUGGAAAUAUUCAAAAGACGUUUAUGAGGAAUUAGGGCCUAGCUUAUGGGAAAUGUACUCAGAGGUGUUCCCUAAACUAUGGAUUGCCAGUGCAUUUAAAGGAGCUACAGGUAGUAACCAGUACGUCUCUGACGUCACUCACUACGUCCAAAACCACCGCUCCUGGUUAUCCCUGAUGUCGGAAUACUCCCACAGGAUCACUUUCGAGGGCAUCAUCAUCACCGGUUGGCAGCGCUAUGACCACUUCGCCGUCCUUUGCGAACUACUCCCAGUCAGUCUCCCUUCAUUAGCAAUGAGUCUCCGAGUCAUCCUCGGCUACCAAGACUCACCUUUAAGUCCUCCAACCGAAGUCGCAAAACUUCUAGGCUGCGAACAGCCCUACGCUCUCAUCGGACCCGUUUUCGGAAGCCCUAAAUGCUCCUACACCGGCGGUGACAUCCUCGAGGGUGUCCUCAAACUCCAACAGCUCAAACAGGAAUACGAAACGAUUCUUGAGGACUCAAGAGUCAAAGGGUGGAUGAGUGAUUAUAACAAAAACCACCAGUUUUCCAACCCACAACAUGUGCAAUCAGUUACAGCCCCUUUGAAUAGGAUCAAAGGCGAGUUGUUGCAACUAGAUAGUGAAAUGACGACAGCUAUGUACGAAGUUUAUGAUAAUUAUACGAUUAGCGAGUGGAGAGAGACUUACAUUAGGCCUUUUGAGAGGGAGAUUAAGGCGAUGGUUGAUGCCAGAGAUAAAAUUUUGGCGAAAAAUUAUUGGCCAAGGAGGCCGUUGCAAGAUGGUGACGAGUUGUAAAUUUUUGUCAAUUUUAAGCACUAAAACGAUUACAAAAGCACUUAUCUAUAAGAAUCUCGUGUGAAUCUUUGUGUCUUUACGCAUUUUUUUGAUAUUACGAAUUGUUAAAGUUGAUUUAAGCUCGUUUUGAGCAAUAGUUUUUAAGUGCCAAUGUUUACGUAUACAAAAUAAUCUUGGGGUUUUUCUAGUCUAGGGGUUUUAUUGUUAUUUAUGUGACUAUUUUCUCUAUUAAAAUAAAGAGUUGUGAAAAUUUUAA